UGUGGUUUAGCUCAUGCAUUUCUCUUUUAACAUUGCAAAAUCUAUGGCCUUGCAAGGCUUGGGCAUGGGAAGUGUUUGACACAAUGUGAUAUAUGGUACUUUAUAAUUUUUGUAAUUUAUUUGUGCAUGUAAUUAUCAAUUCAGAACACUUAUCAGACAAUUAUUUUUCAUUCAGCAUUACAUCAUAUAAAAGGCAUCUGCCAAACAGCCCUGCUUUUUGUGUAUUUUAAAUUUCACGCGUCUAGCAAGAACACUACUUCAAUUAGCCUGGACACAUCACACAAGAAAGAUGUAUGCAGCUCUAUAACUCGAUUGCAAAGGGAUUGAGGGAAGUAGACACGAGAUUACAACGAUACUAUAAAGUAAUUGUUUGUAUGAACAUGAUGAUGCGUCCCAUGAAUCCACCUCCAUUUCAGCCGAUUGCACCUGCGCCGUGGUUUCCACCAUUGCCACCAUUGACUAGUAGUUUCUGGAAUGCAACAAAUGUGCACGGUUCCCUGAAGGAACUACAAAACACUCUUGAACUUGCAGAAGCAAUGGAGAAGGAGUUGGAGAUGCUUAUCACGAUAAAAGGUGGGAACCAGCAUUUAGAACAAACAGAGGACAAGGGAUGUGAAACUGCGAUGGGUAGAUUCUUGAAGCUUCUAGAGAAUAACAGGAUAACGUUGGACACACAAGAAAAGAUCUCUGUGGAAGCAGCAAAUGCUCUAAUGGCGAAGCUGAAAAACGAGGUUGAGCCAUUUAAGGUUAUUAGUGAUGAUAAAACGCCAUGGGAGGAGAAAUCUACAGCAGUGAGAUUAGCGAAUAAAAUGCAGAAGCAUAAGAGAAACAAACUCUGGCGGAAAAGAAAGAGACGGCGAAUCGGGGAAAUGAUUGCAAAGGAACUUGAGCAAUUUGAACAAGCUGAUCAAGAAGCCGAUGAAUGGAGGGCUAGCGAAAUUGCAAAGGAAAUCGCAGGGCGUAAGGUGGAGAAAAUGAAGGAAAUUGCAAAGCAAAAGGCUAAAGAGGAGCGAAGGAGAUUAGAAUCGGAGCUUGAGCUGGUGUUGAUUGUGGAGAAGUUGCAAGAAUUACGCUCCAUCAGGAUCCAGAAAUUAACAAAGCAAGGCCAUUUUCUCCCGGAGGAGGACAACAAAUUUCUUGAGAGAAUUCGUGCUGCAGUUGAGGAAGAGGAGCGCCAAGCAAUGGCUGCAGCCGACACGGGUGCUGCUAAAGAGGCCAUUGCAACAGCCGAGGAGUCUCGAAAUAUAACCAGUGUACCUGCUCUAAACUCGGAAGAUCAAAUCAGUGUCAAAGAUGGAGAUAAAGCAAGUCAGGAAAAAAUAACCGAAAUUGAAGCAAAAGGAGGCUCAAGUGCAGCUGCUGAUACAGAAUCUAGGAAACAAGAAUCCCAAGUUCCAGUCCCCAGCAGAGGAUAUGAUUAUUCAGCUAGCUUACCGCUUGAAUUUUAUCACUAUUAUCAUGGAAGCAGUACCGACAUGGGAACGCUAAUUGAGGUCAGACGAACAUGGGAUGCAUAUAUAAGACCUGGAGGAAGCUCUAAUUAUUUGGUUAAAUAUCAACUACGGGACUUUUUUGCAGUCGAAUACCAGGUCACUGGGUUCAACCGCCCCCACCAGCUGAUGAAAUAUGGGCAUCUUACCUCGUGAAACCUCGAUAACCUUUCACAAUGGUCACAUGAAGCUGUUAAGCCUUCGUAGCAGUUGCUGUAUUAUGGUAUGUUUCAUUUAAGCUUUCGGAAAUACCAACAUAACAUCUUCUGCAAUUCUAACAGUCCAUGCUCAAUUCACUUCUUUUUGCUAAA